AGCAGAAGCCACGCCGUGCAAGCUGGGCAAAAGGGCGAAAAAGAAAGAAAACAAUUAAAGACAGCAAUGCCCCCAAGGCUCCUCUAACUGGUUAUGUGCGCUUUAUGAAUGAACGACGUGAACAGCUGCGAGCUGAGCGGCCUGAGGCUCCAUUCCCUGAGAUCACUAGAAUGCUUGGUAAUGAAUGGAGCAAACUUCCUCAAGAGGAGAAGCAGCACUAUCUGGAUGAAGCAGAAAGAGAUAAAGAAAGAUAUAUGAAGGAACUGGAACAGUAUCAGAAGACUGAGGCCUUCAAACACUUUAACAAGAAAGUACAGGAAAAGCAGAAGGGCAAAAUCCAUAGACCAGAGAUCGGACGUCAACCUACCAGCGAGUCUGUUCAUGAGAAAGAUGCAACAAGUAAGGAGAAGUCUGUUUUUGACAUCCCUAUUUUCACAGAAGAAUUUUUGAACCAUAGCAAAGCACGAGAAGGUGAGCUAAGGCAGCUGCGCAAGACAAACAUGGAAUAUGAGGAGCAAAAUGCUGCAUUGCAAAAGCAUGUUGAAAGUAUGCGGGGAGCUGUGGAGAGGCUGGAGGCAGAUGUCAUGCAAGAGCGCAAUCGCAAUACACUUCUCCAGCAACACCUUGAGACAUUACGAAUGAGCCUCACCAGCAGCUUCUCAAAUAUUCCACUUCCAGGCAGUGGAGAAACACCCACUCUGGAAACAAUUGAUACAUAUAUGAACAAACUGCAAAAUAUAAUCUUGGCAAACCCACAGGAAAAUGAAAAUCUCAUCAGUACUGUCCGGGAAGUGGUCAGCCACCUUGAAAGGUAGAAUCAGGUUUUGGAAUCCAUCAUGCUAAAGGAAACUUCAAGAAUAUUCUACAUUUUCAUUAAAAUGUUAUAUGUGUUGUAGAUACAAAAAUUGCAUCCAUGUUGCGUAGGUAACCUUUGGCUACUUUUUAAAAUAAGUAUUUCAGCAUUUUAAACUUUUUUUCACUAGUAUAACUGUACUUUUAUUUUUUAUUUUAUUUUUUUGUAAUUGUUGUAAAAUUAUUUUUAUGCUUAUUGUCUUAAAUUUGCCAUUCUUGACAAUGUUAAACCUUUUCAUUCAGUUUAUCCAGGGUGUUUUUACAUUGUGCUAGUCCUCGGGUGUUUUAUCGCACUCUUGUCGUUCUUGUGGGGACUUAAUUAAAUAAAGUUAUACUUUCA